GCCUAUGAAUACUCUUGGGUAUCACAUGACUAAUGAAUGUGAUGAGUAUUUGCUUGAGCUGCUCUCUUCACAUAGACUUUUAUGCUAUUUUGAUUAUUUCAAGUGUAUCACAGGCCCCUUGUAGUGUCCAUGAUGGAGGAGCAGUUAAGAGAAGUCAAGGUGUCAGUAAAUGGUGUUGAGUUACAUUGUAACAUAAAGGGAAAUGGACCAAACCCUCUUUUAUGUAUCCCUGGAGCAACAGCACCAAGUCAUUGGGUACUUUCUUUACAAUUGGAGUAUUUUGGUAGAAGUGGUAGUGAGUAUACAGUAAUAGCUUUUGAUCCAAGAGGAUAUGGACACUCUAAACUAGCACCAAGGACCUACUCAAUGACUCCAGAACAUCAUACAAAGAUUGAUGCAAGAGAUGCACACCAAGUAAUGGAGUCAUUGGGGUAUGACAAGUACUUGGUUCUUGGUUGGUGUGAUGGAGGUAUCACUGCUAUUUAUCUUGCUGCUCUCUUUCCUGAUGCUGUUAAAGGAGUUGUUCUAUGGGGAUCCAGAGUGCGCUAUACUGAAUACGAGGUGGAAAUAACAGAA